GACCAAGAAUAAUUCAAGGAGAGAUGGAGGUGGACUAAAUUUGAUUUGCUUCUGAAGGGUGGAGGAGUGGCUGAGAUAUUAUGGUUGCUGCUGCUUUAUUGUGGAUGGCUGAUCCAGAGCAAGACUUGGUGAUGAGGAGGUCAGCUCACCGGAUCCUCGACGAAAAGACUAUGAACCCUUUGAAUGGGUUCUGUGGCGUCACACGGAAGUAAAGGCCUGAUUGCCGAACACGUGAAGAACAGGCUCUGUUGUUGACCACUUGUGUUGCUCCAACGGUUGGAUUGGCUGUGUUGGCUGAUGUUGCGAUGGAGGUCCCCUCGAUCCUUUGUUUGAUCUCUUGUUGCUUCUAUGACGAGGAUGCUUCGAUGCUUCCCUUGGACUAAUACUAGCUAGCACAAUUUAUAGCAGUGGCUUGAUCAACAGUGAACUCAAAACCUCGAUCCACUUGGAGCCAGGGUCUCCACAUCUCGAACGAGGAGAUCGACAACAGGAUCUGAGAAAGGUCUACUCUUAUAAGCUUGCUAUCCUACGGUAUUGGUGAGAGCUCACUCCUGUGCCAGUCAAAGUGGACCAGCCCAAAAAAUGAGAAAGCAUCGCAUUCAGAAGGAUCUCAUCAAGUCCUGGAAGACCCUCAGUUUUCUGUCUUGCUUUUUGCUACAAUUGCUAUCAUGGAGAUCCAACUCUCUCGUUCAGGCGACAAGUAGCAGUGGGGCUGCCAUAUAUACUACUAGUACUGAUACGCACCGUCUGAUCCAAGGCACUGUAUAUAAAUCAGAGUGGCCAACUACAAGUACUAGCAGAAAUCCUGGCGCCAACAAGAGGGUAGAUUCCCCAACGCUACCCCUUCAGCUCAGACUACGCGGGGGAUCCACUAGCCAAGCACCGUCCAAUGACGACGACCAGAAGAAGAAAGAUCCCCCAACUCGUGCAAAACCAAACAAGAAGAAGGUCAAGUCUACAAAGAAGAAAACAACCAAAAAGGUCAACAAGCAGGUACCUGCUAUGUUCCAGUUGAUCCCGGUGCCAAACAAUUCUAUACACGUGGAAGCACUCCUUGUGGACCGAUAUCUCAGUUGGAAAUGGUUGGCCCGAAUUGUACUAACGGCAAUCACUGUCUGGCAGCUACAGGCUUGUCAAAACACGGCGGGAAUUCCCAAACGAAAAGCCAUAUGGUCCAUUUUGGCGGAUGCCAAUUUGCUUCUAAAGCAGGAUGGUACCACUAGUACCACCACCACUAGUAUGCCAGAGUCCUUCCAACCCACAGCCCUGGACUCACUACUCGCCAAAACAUUGGCCAGGGCAUCCCGCGAUAUGAUCCCACCCGCCGCCAUGCCGUUUGCAGGUCCACUCAUCAGAACCAUCAUGGCGGCUCUGGCACUGUUAGUCUUCACGGUCCUCUUGCCGCACUGGUUCCUUCAGGUGCGGGUAUGGUACGAUUAUCAGCAGCAACCAAUCCACCAGUAUGAUGACAAUAACCAAAUGUCACCGACAGCCGUUCUGAUUCGCAUCGAUACUACAACUUCUGCACGGGCACAGUCCUCCCAUAGCCAGACCAUUUGCCCGCUCCAUCGCACCAACUUGCGCUCGCAAAUGGAACACAAUCUACCACCCUUUCACUUUGACUAUCAACAUCGACGAUACUACUACGAUCCUUCCUCCAACAACAACCAAUGCUGGCAAGGUGGACCCAACUGGGAACUACAGUCGGUCGGAGACAUUGUAUCCAGUGCCACCAAAAGCAACAACAAGUACGUUGGCGUGCUCCAGGCACCGUCACAACUCCUUCACGCCCAAGAACGAUGGUACCCCUACAAUCAUCAAACGUCGGUGCCCAUUCCCACUUUGAAACAGGCGCUAUGGGAACGUAUCCAAUCGCCACUGGUCGUGGCACAACUCAUUGGCAAGGCCAUGACGGUCUUGGAAGAAGGCAAAGCGGCACUCGUGUCGCUUGGCACGACACUCCUGCAACAUUACAGCAAUGCACGCGCCAGCAUUCAGAGUUCCAAACGACUCCAACAAGAUGUCGCGGGGUUGGCACAAGAAUUCUCACAAACACCCGUUUGGAUACUUCGAGCAUCUCGUUGGCAGCUCUUGGAAACGAGUGAUUUGUUACCGGGAGACCUAUUCUGGAUAUCAUCCGCCAACAAGAACAAAAAGAGGAACGUCGUCGUUCCCGUGGAUGCCUUGUUGCUCGAGGGAGUGUGCGUCACCAUGGAGGCAGUGUUGACGGGAGAAAGUGUUCCCCAAACAAAAAUGCCAAUCGACGACAACACAUCAUCCCAUCAGUGGAAUCAAACAUUGGACAUGGCAGGAGUCCAUCGCAAUGCCAUUUUGUUUGCCGGGACGACGGUGCUGCAUUGCAGCUCCUCGUCGUCUCAUUCGUCACCAUCAGCACCUCCCAACUUGGAACAGCCAGGCGUGCUAUGUCUGGCACUACGAACGGGAUCCUAUUCCUCCAAGGGAGAGCUCAUUGGGGCAUUGACAUCGUCUCGUUCCAAAAAUAACAAGGCAGGAUCGAUUUCCAAUCCACAAUUUGACAGGGAUGCUUUGAAAUUGAUUUCCAUCAUGUCCGUGGUUACCGUCCUGGCAUGCUCCAGUUUGUUUUGGGGCACCAGCACCAGGCACAAGGUAUCUGGAUUUCGAAGGAUCAUUCAAUGUUCUCGGAUUGCCACCACGUGUAUACCAUCGGAUCUACCCAUGUCUCUCUCCCACGUCGUACGGUCCUGUGCCCAUGUUUUGCGCCAAGAAGCCGACGUUGUUUGCUCCCAACCUGGCGCCCUUUUGACGGCAUCACAAAUCGAUUUGGUGGUGUUUGAUAAGACCGGUACGCUUACGGCGGAUACUCAAGCACUAUCACAGGUGAUCACCUUGCCCAACGCGACCAAAUCUGCCACGGACACGAAAAAUAAAAGCAAGAAAGGGCAGAAUGUGACAAAAAGUGACAAUUCACUCAAUGAAAUGGCCAAUCUAGUUCUGGCAGGCUGCCAUUCCUUGGUUCAGGUGGACGGUGACGAAAGCUCUGAUGAAAGCAAUGAACGAUCCAUGGUUGGCGACCCGUUGGAAUUGGCAGCCCUUCGUUUCUCCGGAUGGGAGUAUCACGAAGCUGGCGGCUACUACCAACCAGCGUCAAGUUCCUCGACUGGAAAGAAAACUGUUGAGAAGUUGUGGCAGCUGAAAGUGUUUCCAUUCAGUCCUGCUAGCCGGCUUUCGUCAGCUGUCUGCCUCGUUCAGAACAGCAAUGGCGAAUACAAACUGUGGACCCUCAUCAAAGGUGCCCCGGAAGCAGUAGAACCUUUGAUUGAUCAAGAGAAACACAGCAAUAUAUCAUUCGCUUCCUGGUAUGAACGGAAGGUGCUACAACUAGAAGCCAAAGGCAUCAGGGCGAUUGCCAUGGCGGGCAAGGAGCUCGCAAUACCGGACCACCUAUCGAACGGAACCGAUGCGUCGGAAUCUGGCUUGCUAGACCGUGCCCGAAGUUUUGCCGAUUCCAUUCACCGAAACGAUGUGGAAGAGUUGAAAGGCUCCUCCUCAUUUUUGGGCCUUGCUUGCUUCAAUGCACAGACACGGCCGUCGUCAAAGCGAGUCUUGGGAGAGCUUGCGGCUGGAAACAUUCAUUCUGUAAUGCUUACUGGGGACUCGAUGGCUGCAGCACUUGCUGUUGCCAGAAAGGUUGGGAUGCUACAUGAACAUGCAAAACUUGCGGCUCUGGAGGUGGCGCCAUCGUCAACGACCACUGCACCGGAAUUGCACUUUAGGAUAACCACGACAAAACAGUCGCAAAAUAAGGGGAAGGUGACGCGUUUGACCUCGAAGGUUAUCAGCGACGUCCUGGGUGGGACAAAGAAAGGGGAAAUUCAAUUGGCGGCGUCGGGUGCAGCUAUUAUGGCUCUAUUGAGCAAGAAAGGACAAAAUCAGGAAUGUGAUUCCUUGAUUGAAAGCUUGAGUCAUUUCUCGGUUGUGGCACGAGCUUCGCCUGAUUGUAAAGAAAAGUUUGUGGCAUCAUUAUCCGGGAGGAGGGUCCUUAUGUGUGGCGAUGGUGUCAAUGAUGUUUCGGCCAUGAAAGAAGCGGAAGUUUCCGUCGCUUUGCUGAAUGGUUUUGGAACAGAGUCGGAGCGACCGAACAAAAAGGAAAUUGACAUUGAGGACAAUCGGCGCAAGCAGCGACUGAAAGCCAAACGCUUGGCCAAACAGGGAUUAUCAAAUGGCUCAUCAGCACUCGACGCACAAGGCAUUGGGUCGUCUAAAACUGCCUCCAGCGCAAGGAUACAAACACGAAUUGAGGAAGCUCAGCUGGAGAUAACCAAACGAGCAAUCCAGAGACAAAUGGACAAUGGAACCCUGACUUCGGGCCAACCAGCGUAUAGUUUUGGGGACCUUAGGGACAUGCUUGCAUCGAUCUGGGAGGCCGGAGCGGAAGAAAGACGGCGUGCGAAGAAGCUAAAGCAAGGUGGUGGAGAGGCGGCGUCAAUCUUAGCAGAGGAAGACAUCCUCAUACGACAAGAAUCUACAAGCGAUGGAAACAUGACUCUCCAAACCGCUGACAUCAAACCUGGAGAGGCAUGCAUGGCUAGUCCAUUCUCUUGCCUGCGCAGCUCCAUUGAUGGCGUAGAAGCAGUAAUCCGAGCAGGAAUCGCUACUGCAGCUUGCGCCCUCUCUGUGCAACAGAAGAUCACGUUGCAUUCGUUGAUAUCUUGUUUCAACCUGAGUGCGUUGUUUCGGGAUGGAUUUCGGUACGGAAUGAAUAUGUCCUUUGUGGAUAUGAUUCUGUACACGUUCCUGGAUUUUGCCAGCUAUCAAGAAUCGUGUAAAAUGCGCCCGCGGCUGCCUCGAUCCAAGCGGCCUUCCACACAGUCACUCUUUGCUCCGGCGAACUUCUUUUCUGUGGUUGGUCAAGUAUUUGUCCACCUGCUUUCGACCGAGAUGGGGAUCUUGUUUGCGCGAAAGCUGGAAGACGAGUCGGCAAACGACGCUGCCGUCCCUAGAGUUUUGAUCCGUGCUGUGGGAUCGCAGUCGCCUCGAGUGGCAGCCUGGACCAAUGCGAUGGCAAAGUCAGCUGCGUCUGGUUAUUCCGACCAACAGGGGAAGAAGAAUUUUCUUGGAAUGACAAAAUUUGUUCCAAACUACGAAACAAAUGUCGUAUUUGUUCUUUCGAUCAUACAGACUAUUGUAACUACAUUACUGAUGCACAAGGGUGAUCCCUUCUACUUGAGCAUUUUGGAGAGUCAGAACCUUUGCUUUUUUGCAGGGUUGUCCGGGAUCGUUGUGGUCGCCAGCAUUUUGGAUAGCUUUCCCCAGUUGAACCAAAUACUUGAGCUCCGUCCCUGGAAGUCAAAGAAGGCAAAAUUUUGCGUUCUCGGUCUCGCUCUUGCUGAUACGAUUGCUUGUUCAGGGAUUGAAUACAUGAGUCGACACAUUUUCCAGAAGACCCUCUCCAUGAAAAAGCCAUACCAAUCAACCGCACCAACCAAAAUCCGAGCAGCCAAAACCGCCGCUAAUCUAGAAGAAGACGCACUUCGUGAAGAAACAAGAAAGAAUCUUCGGGUACUUCUAAUAUGCACCAUUGUCAUGCUGACGAUGACGCUUGGUGCGGCCAUUGGAUAG